AUCACAGAAAAGGCUCUCGCUGCUCCUCUUUAUCGGCCUCCCCCAGCUCAGUUGUUAUUCAGAAUCAAGUACAAACUUCAUUUCCAUUCUUAAAGGAAUGUCUUUUCCUUCUGGAGCCCUGCGACCCUCCAGCCUCUCUGCUCGAGCUCAAUUGCUGUCGAUAUUGCAUCCCGUGAGAUCAUCACCGGGACCCCACCACAACCACCACCACCACCAACAGCUGCAGCAUCACCGCCGCCCCUAUUCUUCCUCCUCUUCCAAACCUGACUCUCCUUCCCCAUCUUCCUCUCCGUCUUCCUCCUCCUCUUCAGGGUCUCAAUACAACCGCUCUCAAUUCAAAAUCCUUCCCUUCGUGACCAUCUUCGCCAUUGGCACCGGUUCCUACAUCCUAUUGGUGAAAUCGCGCACAGGCGUCCGCAAGCCGCAAUCCAAUCAAUAAAAAAAACACCACCACCAGCACCACCACCUCGUUAACGAGCAAAUAAGAACAUGGCCAACACACAGAAUCCCCCAGCCGUCCCUCCCACACAACCCGCCCCUCCUCAGGCCUCAACGAACACCACCCCGCGCUUCUCCCCCCAGGAUGUCACCGUCGUUUUCCUGCUAGGCGGACCCGGCAGCGGCAAGGGCACGCAAUCCGCCAACCUGGUCCGCGACUACGGGUUCAUCCACCUGUCCGCUGGCGAUCUGCUGCGCGCCGAACAGGCCCGCGAGGGAAGCCAGUACGGCGACCUCAUCCGCACGUACAUCAGAGAGGGCAAGAUCGUGCCCAUGGAGAUCACUGUGGCGCUGCUGUCGAACGCCAUGGCCGAGGCGUUGGCGGCGGGCGCCGGCGCGACCGCUGACGGCGGGAAGAAGAAGGCCCGGUUCCUGAUCGACGGGUUCCCGCGCAAGCUCGACCAGGCCGUGUUCUUCGAGGAUACCGUCUGCCCGUCCGAAAUGACUCUGUUCCUCGACUGUCCCGAGGAGGUGAUGGAGAAGCGGCUGCUCAAGCGUGGUGAGACCUCGGGGCGUGACGACGAUAAUGCCGAGUCGAUCCGCAAGCGGUUCCGGGUGUUUGUUGAGACCAGUAUGCCCGUCGUGCGGGCUUUCGAGGAGCAGCAGAAGGUCUUGUCCGUCUCCGCCACAGGGAUGGUCGAUGAAGUGUAUGCCAGAAUCAGGGAGGGACUCGAGAAGAAGGGUGUCCAGCCUAUCUGAUGGGAACUGUGUUAACUCGGCAUUUGACCGCCAACUGUUUCCAAUCCUCUUGCAUCUUUCCCGUUAUUGAAUAUAUUCCUGUUCGUUCAUUGGAAGAAAAUUCAUGUUCGUGUUCAUAUAUAUAUAUAGACAUAUCCCAUUUAGUCCACCUUUACUAGAGCCAAAGAAUAUACAAUCUCUGCC